AGUGUGCGCCGACAACGCGACGAACAUCGUUCAAAAUGUAGUGGGAAAGUAUCUUGUGGAAAGCAUUUGGCGGGAGUUUGUCCAUUACCGUGAACAAGAGCGGAAGUUACGAGCGUUUCGUUUUGGAAGUGGCGAUCUUCUCGAGAUAUAGUAUUACGAAUGGGUCAGCAUCAUCAGUGAUUUGAACUGGAAAAUUUGGGUGAAGGUUGUUGCAUUAACCGAUUCAUUUUCGGAAUGUUGUAGUCAAAAAUGAAGUCUUCGCUAAUCUACAAAAAUGGGCAUUUCAUAAAUGUGGGAUGCUGUAGAUUACUUAAUCCUAGACAUGCUGCUAUUACGGCCGCAAUUUAUACAUUGAACAUCUCAAUCCUUGUUGUGCUUCUGUACAGCUGGAGAAUAAGCGUCAAUGUUAAAAAGUAUGUAACGUUAGAAGAUGUUUAUUAUGGUGUUCAAAUUGCUUAUCUGGCGAUAAUAGGAACACAACUCUUCAUGAUUCUUCUUAGCAUAUUAUUAUUAUACGGAAUAUACAGAGAAAAUAUAUCACUAAUAAUUCCGUGGGUAAUAGGCUUUAUCACCUUUAUGGCAUUGGAAGCAGUCUCUAUGGUAUAUUCCAACGUUCUCAGGGAUCAUGUAAAUAAGGAAUUCGACGCCCUCUGUAAAGCUGAAAUGGCGUUUUUUAUCUGCAGAAUGUUGAUUAAUGUAGCUGCCAUGACUGGAGUAAUGAGAUUUUGCAAUCUCUUGCGAACAGGUAUUUCGUGGAAAGGUCCAGAAGUAAUUGAACUAUGAUCGAGAAACUCGUUUGGACUGGAAGAAGAAGAGGACGAUGACAUUUACGAUUACGACAGCGAUUGUUCGUUGUUAGUUAGAGUGUCUUCUUCCGGUUCGGGGAUUAGCAAUAAUUCUGACUUUGUUUGACAUAUGACUCGAUGUCGGGGUAUUUAAGAAGUGAAUAUGAAUGCGGGCAUGGUUUAAUCGUACCUAUAUAUUAAUGAAUAUAUUCACCCAAUGAAGUACCUUUUAAUGUACAGAAAUAGUAUAAGACAAAGAUGAUUUAUCUGAAUUUCGAUGUUCAAAUAAGAUACCUACCAUCCCAAUUCAGAUAUAGAAUUAUUGUUUAUUGAUUAUCAUGUGCCAAAUUUAUUGAGAAAGUGAUCUGUUGAUAUUUUUAUAGAAUUCGAAGUAUUGUGAAUUCUGUUUUGUAGUUUAUUCUUAUAACCAGAAUUAUUUUCGGAUCCCAAUCUACAUCGGAUGCAACUAAAUGUUAUUAUGAGUUACUAUGUGUGUUCUUGAAUAGAAUAAUAUUUAUAAUGUGGGGUAUAUAGUUUUUUAUUGAAGUUUAGACAUGUGGGUGAUUCCGUUCUAACUGUGAUUUUUUGUAUUCAAAAUUUCAAGAUUUUAAAAUUUAACUUUUCUAACUUUUUUAUGCAUAUUAUUCAUCUAUUUUACUGUAAAAAUAAAACUCUAAGAGGAAUUUACUACAACUUCAAAGUAUCACGAGCAAGACACAAAUGUCGGAUUUUGAGUUCCACGGUACUGACUCAUUUAUCCACGGUACUGACAUGGUAACUUAAGAUAUUAAACAACAAGUGCAUCAAUUUUCCUCAGUUUGAUCAUAAACAUUAGAAUUUAUAAGGUAAUUAGUUUAAAUCAUUUGUUACGACAAAAAAAAUUAAUAAUUUAUCGGUAAAUUCUAGGAAUGGACAUGACACGGUACUGACAUUCAAGUGAUGUAGUAUAAGUUUUCUUUAAGUGGCAAGUUAUAUUGUAUAAAAAUAAUGUUUAAAUAUCUUAAGAAUUAUUCAAUUAACACAAAAUUUUUAUUAAUUGAUUAUUAAUUAAUGACUAGUACAAAAAAACAAUACAGGACAUUGAAUAUCACAGUUAUAAUGGAAUCACCCAUGUAUCAUCAUAAUAUGAUGUGAAAAAAUGAAAUGUAAAGUUACUUCUGUGUUGUUUAUUAAUUAUCAACUUAACACAUAAAGAUCAUUUAUGUGGGAUUAUAACAACAAAAUUACAUAGAAAUGGAAAAUUUUCAUGGAUCUUGUCUUAGAAUAUAAAUUGUUUGUUAUUUGUCAAAAGGCUAUACGUGGUUUGGCAGUAACGAGUUAGUUUCUUCAGGACGCACGUUGCUUCUACUUUCACAGCUUCAAAAGACUCAAAUCUUGUUUCAAUGCAGAUUUGAUUCCCAUUUAAAGUGUCAUUAUAAAUAUUUUUGAGAGCACACAGUUUUCGUAUGUGAGAAUUUUCAUGUUAAAUUAGCCAUUCUUUUCAAUCGGCUACUCUAGAUUCUCUGCAGACACGGUAAACAUCGUAUUCGAGCCUUGAGGCUAAACAGCUGACAGUCGCUGACCUUAGGUGCACGUGUAGCAGCAAAAGUCUCGUUAUUCAAUAGCCACACCUCGUAUAUCUAACGGCGUUGAGUGCCUUUGCAUGCAAACAAAGCUGAAACACAAGAUAUUGAGUUGCUUUGUACUCUUAAGCUAUACAAAUCAUGAGUUACAGCUCCUAGAUACGGUUAAAUUGGUUGGAUAAGAUUUUUUUUCGAUAAAUUGUGAUUGUUUUUAUUUUUAGCAAAUAAAAAAAUUCUUAAGAUGAAAA